AUGUGCCGCACGAAGCCGUGGCUCAUAUCGAGCCGCCCGCCGGGCCGGCAGCGCCGCCCCGAACUCGUCUCCAUCCGCCGGGACGGGCCGGAGGCGGCAACCGAUCCCCGCCGGUACCGGGACGCGGCCCCCUUUAAAAGUUCCGCCGGAGAUCGGCACGCCGCUCUGCGCAGGCGCGGAGCCCGCAGCGAGCAGUGCGCAGGCGCAAAGCAGGCACGGCGCACUGCGCAGGCGCAGAACCCGAAGAACGCCGGAUCCUGCCGAGAGCAGUGCGCAGGCGCAGAGCGAGCGCGGGGCACUACGCAUGCGUGGAGGCGCCGCGGCACUGUGCGCACGCGCGGUGAGGAGUGACGCGUGCGCGUUGCCGUAUCGGCGCGUGCGCAGUGCGCAGCGAUGUCGAGCCGCGGGAAGAGGGAGCGGGACCGGGAGCGGGAGCGGGCGGCGGCGCGGGGCUCCGGGUCGGCAUCGGCGCGAGGAUCCUCCCGGAGCCGCCGGGACAGCGACGCGGACAGGGCCCGCGGCCGGAGGGAAGCGGAGCGCGGCCGGGAAAAGCGGGAGGCGGCGGCGGCGGCGGAACCCGGGCCGGGCCUGGGGCUGGGGCUGGGCCUGGGCCUGACGGAGGGACCCGCGCGCGGCCGGAGGGAGGCGGCAGGCGGGAACUGGACCGGAAGCGGUGGAGCUGUGCGCGUCAAGCGGGAGCGGGAGGAGGACGGAGACUCUGAGCCCGAACCGGAACCUACAGUGCGCUAUGGCCGCUUUGACCCCGAGGACCAACGCAGCCGUCACUGCCCCUACCUGGACACCAUCAACAAGAGCGUGCUGGAUUUCGACUUUGAGAAGCUGUGCUCCAUCUCGCUGUCCCACAUCAACGUCUACGCCUGCCUGGUGUGCGGGAAAUACUUCCAGGGCCGGGGCCUGAAGUCGCACGCCUACAUCCACAGCGUGCAGUUCAGCCACCACGUCUUCCUCAACCUGCACACCCUCAAGUUCUACUGCUUGCCCGACAACUACGAGAUCAUCGACUCCUCUCUGGAGGACAUCACGUACGUGCUGAAGCCCACCUUCACGGCGCAGCAGAUCGGCAACCUGGACAAGCAGGCCAAGCUGUCGCGCGCCUACGACGGCACCACUUACCUGCCCGGCAUCGUGGGGCUCAACAACAUCAAGGCCAACGACUACGCCAACGCCGUGCUGCAGGCUCUGUCCAACGUCCCCCCGCUGCGCAAUUACUUCCUGGAGGAGGACAACUACAAGAGCAUCCAGCGGCCCCCCGGGGACAUCAUGUUCCUGCUGGUGCAGCGCUUCGGGGAGCUGAUGAGGAAGCUGUGGAACCCGCGCAACUUCAAGGCUCACGUCUCGCCCCACGAGAUGCUGCAGGCCGUGGUGCUGUGCAGCAAGAAGAACUUCCAGAUCACCAAGCAAGGUGAUGGCGUGGAUUUCCUCUCGUGGUUCCUCAACGCGCUGCACUCGGCCCUGGGCGGCACCAAGAAAGAAGAAGAAAAGUGAGGGGGGGGUGAGGGGG